AACAAAAAGAUUCUACUGCCUCUUUAAGAGGAACCACCUCCCCCGAGCCUCCUCCUUCUUGUCAACCCAACCGUUUUAUGCAAAUAAGGCGUAGCGAGCGUGCCGCCGGCCAAUCAGCGACGGGCUCCAACCGCGGGAGAUCUAAAUUUCGCGCGACGAAGUUUGGCGCUAAAAAGUCGAGCUUGUUCUCGUUGAAUGGAGAAAGGGAGCCUGGUGACUUCGGGGCGGACUGGGUCACACGCUGACGCACUGAAGGGCUGAAAAAAAAGACGGAAGCACAGCUUCGCGGACCCUCGGUGGUCUUUUGAGCGAGCCCAUGGACCUUUAAACACACUUUGGUGAACUUAGUUGUACAUUCGAAGCCAUGUUUGUUGGCUUGCGAGACGAGUUUUUGUGCACUUAACAGGACUCGUUCGCCUUUUGACUGACGUCACCACUCGGAACCAAACCGUUGUUGUUUCUUGCAUGUUACUUUGUAUGCUAUUUGACUUUUAGAACGCGUUUUAAGUCUAAAUCUAUAUUAUUUUGGAUUGGCAUUUGUUUGUUGAUCGUAUCAUUGGCAUUCAUUUUGAAACGGGUCCUCUUUGCGGUACAAUGAUGCGCCUGCCCAAAGGCGUCUCCCCCGCGUCGGGACUUCCGUGCAGUCAACCCAAAAUGAAGCUUGCGGCCGGCGAGUUCUUCAGCACUGGCCUGUCCAGCCCGCCCCUGAGCGCGGUACCGGUGGGCUACUUCAGCCAGAUCUGCCCUAACACCGCCGUGGUGGAACAAAGAGUGCACAGCCUCUACUCGACCCCCCACGGACCUGACCAAAAGCCCAUUAGAUCGACCACCGGACGGCUGCCGGCCAAAAGGAAGUUGGAUCUUGAAGAUCCGGUUUUCCUCCCCGAAUUCUGUACCCCAAAAGGCAAAGGUGGCAUUGCAGCAAGUCCAAGAACUCCAAAGUCACCGGGCGAGCGGACGAGGUACGACACCUCGCUGGGCCUGCUGACCAAGAAGUUUGUCGGCCUCAUCGCCGAGUCGCCCGAUGGCGUCCUGGACCUGAACUGGGCCACGGAGGUGCUGGAGGUCCAAAAGAGGCGGAUCUACGACAUCACCAAUGUUCUGGAGGGAGUCCAGCUCAUCCGGAAAAAGUCAAAGAACAACAUCCAGUGGCUGGUUGGAGAUGUGUUUGAAGGCGGCACCAGCGGAGGAGGGAAGGCCCGAGCGUUGCAGAAAGAACUCAAAGACUUGGAACGAGCCGAGCAAUCGCUGGACGAGCUCAUCCACUGCAGCAGCGCGCAGCUCAAACAGCUCACCGAGCACAAAGACAACCAAAGGCUGGGCUACGUGACGUACCAAGACAUCCGCUUCAUCGGCAGCUUCCGAGAGGAGACGGUGAUUGCCGUCAAGGCACCCUCCGAGACCCAACUGGAAGUGCCAGACGUGUCGGGGGGCUCGUUACAGAUCUAUUUGAAGAGUAAGAAUGGUCCCAUAGAAGUGUACCUGUGUCCAGAGGAGGGUCUCGAAAAUGCCAGUGCGGUUAAAAGCUCGGUCACACCAGAAAAGCCCACUGCAGCACCAGCGAGCCUCAGCAGCAACAAAGAAGAGUCUGUUGAAGCGUGCAUGUCCACAGCGGCCGCUUCAACCUCCUCUUCGUCCACUCUGCUGGAUGUGGAGCAUCUGCUGAGUUUGCCUCCCAGCUUGCUUCAGAUGACCGAAGACCAACUACCUGGCACGUCCUUCCCCACCGACCCCAGCGAAGGUGGCGGCACCCCCUUCGUCAGCUUCUCCCCACAUCUGGACCAUAGCGACUACCUCUGGAGCCUGGAGGAUGGCGAGGGUGUGUCCGAAUUCUUCAACACGUACGACCUCAAUGAUCUCUUGUAAAGGUGACGGAACUUUUGGGAAAAACAAAAAAUGACAGUAUGAAGCCCUGUUUGCCCCGCUCCUCCAAAAAGUCUUGUGGAGAUGCGAUAAGUUGGUUGGUAUGUGGUGAAGUCCUGCUAAAAAUCAGACCAAAAGGCUAUGAAAGAAAUGUAUGGCUCAUACGUUGCACUUACAGGCCAGAACAUGACGUACACAUCUUAAAUUUCGGUCAUAUUUUUAUGAAGUAACAUGACGAUUUUGGAGUUGUUGAGGCUUUCCUAAAUAGAUCCUCUGAGGUUUCAUUUGUGCUCUUAAACUUGAAUGGCGGACAGGAUGCGAUGUUUUUCUUGCUAGCCAUAUAUGAACCAUAGGUGAUGCCAAAAUUUGAAACGAAGCCAAUUAAUAUGGCAUUUUUUACUGAAAAGGCAUAAAAAAAAUCAA